GAUUCAUUGGUCCAAAUCCAGAUCAAAGAUGAAAAAAAUAGUAUUCUGUGACUUGAUACUACAGCAGAAACUGACAUGGGGAGCUUAAGAUGAAAAGAUCUGGGGAAGAAAGGAGACUCAAAGGUAGUUUGCAAAUGAAUCUUGGAAGCAAAAUGCCCAACUUCACCUCCACAUCUGAAUUUCUGCUCCUGCAAUUUUCAGACAUCCGAGAAGUACAGAUCUUAUACUCCUUUAUAUUCCUCAUAGUAUACCUGACUGCAGUGACUGGCAACCUUCUCAUCAUUCUUGCUGUAGCCCUGGAUCAUCAUCUCCACACCCCCAUGUAUUUCUUUCUCAUGAACUUGGCCAUUCUGGAUAUUGGCUUAAUUUCUGUCACAUUACCCAAAACGAUGGCCAAUUCCCUCAUGAACAGAAGGUCAAUUUCUUAUUUGGGGUGUGUAGCUCAAGUUUUCUUCCUUUUCCAAUUUAUAGGAGCAGAUUUUGCAAUUCUAACAGUGAUGGCACAUGAUCGGUAUGUGGCUAUCUGCAAUCCAUUGCAAUAUGAAAUAAUUAUGCACAGAGGAGCGUGUAUUCAGAUGGCAGCCAGUGCAUGGAUUGCUGGUAUAUUUGAUGGUAUGUUACAGACUGGCGGAACUUUUGCUAUCACUUUUUGCUCCAACAUGAUUGAUCAGUUCUUCUGUGAAAUACCACAGAUGCUAAAACUCUCCUGUACAGAUCUGUAUCUGGUGGAAGUUGGUUUGAUGAUAUUGACUUUAUUCUUUGUAUUAGGAUGCUUCAUCUUCAUCAUUGUCAGCUAUGUGCGGAUUUUUGAAGCAGUGCUCAAAAUCCCUUCUGUGCAUGGUCAGAAAAAGGCCAUCUCCACUUGCCUUCCCCAUCUCACUGUGGUCUCUUUGCUUACCUUUACUGGCAUCUUUGCCUAUUUGAGGCCUCAGAGUUACAUUUCAUCUGACCUGAAUGUUCUUUCUGCCAUAAUUUAUGCUAUAAUCCCUCCCUUGCUCAAUCCAUUCAUUUAUAGCAUGAGAAACAAAGAAAUCAAGACUGCAUUGUUGAAGCUCUUUGAUUUGGGCAGUAUUCUAAAAUAA